CAUCUCUCUCCAGAUCGGAAUCCCAAACACGCAUUCUGGUGUUUGGGGAAGAAGAAGCUUCCACAGAGACAAAGGCGAAGCCUUUCUUCCUCGCAAGAGAAAAAAAGAGAGGAGGGGAGAGAGAUAUAAGCUAGUCAAUAUUUUGGUUCUUUUUUUUUUUUUGGGUAUAUUGAUUUAUUAAAUAUUGUUCACAUUGCGGGGAAGAGGGAGAGACAGAACAAUGGGGCUGGUAGGUGUUCAAGAAAAUGGGAAUGGGAUAGAGAAUGGGCUAUCUGAGAUCUCAUUGGGGUCCCAGAAUAAGUAUCGGAGGAUGGAUUCUGUUGUUGCAGACGAAGAAGAAGAUGAAGCCUCGUUGAGCAGAAGGGCAAAUACCAAGAAAUAUAUUAUAAUCUGUGCCGUCUUUGCCUCUCUGAAUUCUGUGCUUCUCGGAUAUGAUGUUGGUGUAAUGAGUGGAGCAAUUAUAUUUAUCCAGGAGGAUCUUAAGAUAACAGAAGUUCAACAAGAAGUGCUUGUUGGAAUUUUGAGUAUAGUAUCCCUAUUGGGCAGUCUACUGGGUGGAAAAACAUCUGACGCCGUUGGAAGAAAAUGGACGAUUGCCUUAGCAGCAGCUGUCUUUCAAGCAGGUGGUGCUGUUAUGGCUCUUGCUCCAUCCUUUAAGGUUCUGAUGAUAGGAAGACUCUUAGCUGGAGUGGGCAUCGGUUUUGGGGUCAUGAUUGCUCCUGUUUACAUCGCAGAGAUAUCUCCUGCCAUUGCCAGAGGAUCUCUCACCUCAUUCCCUGAGAUAUUCAUAAAUCUGGGAAUACUUCUUGGGUACAUCUCAAACUAUGUGUUUUCGGGCCUUCCUGCACAUAUAAGCUGGAGGGUUAUGCUUGGUGUGGGACUCCUUCCUUCAGUUAUUAUUGCGGUUGCUCUAUUUGUGAUACCAGAAUCCCCAAGAUGGUUAGUGGUGCAGAACAGGAUCGAUGAAGCUAGAAUGGUGCUGUCAAAGAUUAAUGGGAGUGAUAAAGAGGUGGAAGAGAAGCUAGCUGAAAUACAGGUAGCUGCUGGGAUGGCUAAUGCUGAGAAGUAUGAAUCACAAGCUGUUUGGAAAGAAAUGCUGCAUCCUACUCCACCAGUUCGAAGGAUGCUGAUCACUGGUUGUGGAAUUCAGAUUUUCCAACAAAUCACAGGCAUAGACACAACAGUAUAUUAUAGCCCCACUAUCUUCAAAAAUGCUGGGAUAACAGGAAACACUCAACUUCUUGCUGCAACAGUUGCUGUUGGAUUCACGAAAACUAUGUUCAUCUUGGUAGCUAUAUUUCUCAUUGACAAAUUAGGCAGAAAGCCAUUGCUGUUUGUGAGUACUAUUGGUAUGACUGUGUGUUUAUUUGGGCUUAGCCUCUCUUUGGCUUUCUUUGGCCAUGAAAAGGCAGGGAUCAUAAUGGCAAUUAUUUCGGUUUGUGGGAAUGUAGCUUUCUUCUCUAUAGGACUUGGCCCUAUAUGCUGGGUUGUGUCAUCUGAGAUUUUCCCUUUGAGACUUAGAGCACAAGCAUCAGCCCUUGGAGCAGUGGGAAGUAGGGUCAGUAGUGGGGUGCUCUCCAUGUCCUUCCUCUCCGUUACUCGCGCCAUUACAGUCGCAGGAACCUUCUUUGUCUUUGGGAUUAUUUCUUGCUCAGCUGUUGCCUUUGUUUACUACUGUGUUCCUGAAACAAAAGGGAAAACCUUGGAGGAGAUUGAAAAGGUGUUCCAAGAUGAGGGAGAUGGCGAAUGGCAAAGAAACGAGGUUGAAAUGGGAGACGUAGAGAGGCUGGUUCAGAAGUCAUGAGUUAUAUGAACAUAUAAAUAUAAUAUAUAUACGGGUAACAUGCAUACUGUCAAGUUGGUGGCUGGCCAUAUUCUUGUGUGAGCGGAGAUUUCUGCUUUUGAUUCAUAAAGGGUAUGUUCUGUUGCUGCAGCAUCCAGGACCUGGGGAACAAGACUUGCAGUUGCUAACAAAACAAAGAGGAGAAAUUUUACUAUGUGAUGUUAUUUCUUGUAGGAAGCCACCAAUACGAGUCAUUAAAAUAUUAGCUGAAGUAGAUCUCAAUGUGCAUAUGUAUUAAUAUUGCUAUGUAAUUCUUUUCUUAUUCUGUUGGGAGUUGAGUUCAGAUUACAUUGAUUCAUUUGUCAGAGUUAUUUUAUAAUGGAAAUUCUAUUGUCUCUGUC